AUGCUGAUUCCUAGCAAAAAUAGAAAAGCCAUCUAUGAGUACCUCUUCAACGAGGGAGUGGCCGUCGCUAAGAAAGAUUUCAAUCUUAAACAACACCCAAAUAUUCCCGGAGUGACCAAUCUUGAAGUUAUCAAGGCUUUGAAGGCAUGUUCGAAUUCAUUAUUUUACCAGUCAACUUACAUGUUUCCCAGCUUGGCUUCCCGUGAACUUGUUAAGGAGCAGUUCGCAUGGCGACAUUACUAUUGGUACCUGACCGAUGAGGGUAUCGCUCAUUUGAGAGAGGUCUUGAAUCUGCCGGCUGAAAUUGUUCCCUCGACCGUUAAGAGCAAGCCAAGGGACAUCCGCGCACCCACUGACAUCCGCGAACGCAUUCCUCGCGCAGGUUGGUUUUCAUCAUCUUGA